GCCCCAGCGCUGGCUCCCGGGUUUCCCUAUCCCGAAGCGCAGCAGCCAUCUGGCGUUUCGGGACGCGGCUGCAGUUAGGCGGACGCUAUGGCCGAGGAGCGGGACGUGUUCCUGAGGGCCCGGGGCAGGACACUGAGCGCCUUUCGCGAAGAUGAUGAAUGUCAAUGGAAAGCCCCUUUCUACUUCAUCCAAGGAGCGGAUCCCCAGUUUGGACUGAUGAAAGCCUGGGCAAUUGGUGACUGUGACAAUGGAGGUGAUGAAUGGGAAGAGGAGAUCAAAUUAACAGAGCAAGCUGUGCAAGCCAUUAACCAGUUAAACCCCAAGCCUAAGUUCUUUGUACUGUGUGGUGACCUCAUACAUGGUAUGCCAGGAACUCAGUGGCGAAAGGACCAAGAACAAGAUUUGAAAAAUGUCCUGAAGAACAUUGACCAAGACAUUCCAUUGGUAUUUGUCAGCGGAAAUCAUGAUAUCGGCAAUGUUCCAACACCUGAAACAAUAGAUGAUUAUUGCAAGCACUGGGGAGAUGAUUACUUCAGUUUUUGGGUUGGAGGAGUUUUCUUUCUUGUGCUUAACUCUCAGUUAUACUUUGAUUCCUCUAAAUGUUCUGAGUUAAAGCAGGCCCAAGAUGAGUGGCUUAAUGCACAACUGGCUGUAGCUGAAAAACGGAAGUGUAAACAUGUAAUAGUAUUUCAGCAUAUUCCUCUAUUUCUACAAAACCCGGAUGAAGACCAUGACUAUUUUAACUUGGAGAAGUCAGUUCGGCACGAGCUGAUGGAAAAGUUUCAUAAAGCAGGCAUUAAAGCUGUAUUUUCUGGACACUACCAUAGGAAUGCUGGAGGGUCCUACAAGGAUCUAGAGAUGGUGGUUUCAUCAGCAAUCGGAUGUCAACUGGGAGAAGAUACCCAUGGGCUUAGAGUGGUCAUUGUCACAGCUGAGAAGAUUGUUCACAGAUACUGCAGUUUAAAUGAUCUGAGUAGCCAAGGAAUGGAAAAAGAGCUGAUGGAUUUGAUUAAGCAAAAUUAGCCAUUUUCUAACUGACAAGUCUCCAGUUUUUUUUUAAUUCACA